AUGCAGAUGAUAACUCAAAUGAUACUAAUGUUGACGAUUGUCAAAGGGACUGUUUGUCAGAGAAUACUCCUCACAAAUCCCAGAGUAAUAACCCCCUGUGAUACCGGAGCCCGGGCAAACCUAGACUUAUAUACAUUUUCUGCGACAGUUCAGGGAAAUAUUUCCCACCUGCUAGAAACCGACUGGAGCCCAUACAUUUUGCUGAUGGCGCUAAGACCAGGCUCAGAUGUGACCGACACCCUGUGCAUGGUUGAACUGUCCAACAGUUCAUGUUCCGGAAGCCCAGUUGACUGCAUCACAUGUCCGUACGUAAAUCUGACUCUAGUGAAAAUGUCUGUCAGUCUCAUACUGAGAGCCUCUCAUAAUGGCAAAGCACUACGUAUGGAAUGGAACCAGGAUGCAGGAAGAACCGUAUAUUCUGACAAAAACUAUACCCUUCCCAGAAUUGCUG